AACCCCCCCCCCCCUCCUCCUUUUUUUUUCUCUCCUCAGCAAACGCAGAAUCUUUUCUAGAUACCAUGAGCGCCCUCGAAACAUUACCUGGGUUACGCGGACGGCCUAGGACUCGGACUGCAUGUCAAAUGUUCCCAGAGAAAAUUAAGGCAACGGUGAUGCGGCACGACAGCGACUAAAGACAAGACCGCCUUCGCCUCUGUCGGCAGCUUACAAGGCAGACUAGCAUUAGCAGCCUGGUAAUCGUAGCUAACGGAACCAGCCCAUCUGUCUGUGUCACCGCCCUCAUCUCUCCGAGCAAUCAUGUCAGCACGCUAAACGUGCGUGUGGAAUUACUAUUUUUCCUCGGCUGUUCGUCUGUCGAUGAAUAUUAGCCGAAUGGUGAUGAUUCUUUACCUGUUCACUGGUCACUCCUUCACUGAGGGACCUCUUACUCUUUUGGUGUUAGGGUUUGGCAGCACAGGCAUGAGAUAAUAAAGUCAAGCAGCUGCAACAAGCGACACCCGCAGCGCUCGUGAGGCCGCUGCCAACUUUCUUCCUGCCUCAUUCCCUCCUGUCCUGCUCCACAUCAACGCUUCGGCAGCCCUCGACAUGACCACCCCGGCACUUUUACCGCUCUCUGGACGCCGUAUACCCACACUAUCACCGGGCGCUGCCUCCUUCCCGCACCAUCGUGCCACCUUGAGGCUGUCUGAGAAGUUCAUUCUGCUGCUUAUUCUCAGUGCCUUCAUCACCCUGUGCUUCGGCGCCUUCUUCUUCUUGCCUGACAACUCCAAGCACAAGCGCUUUGACCUGGGCUUGGAGGACGUGCUCAUCCCCCACAUUGACUCACCCAAAGAGGGCAAGCACGCUUUGGGACAAGUGAUCAUACAUGGUCAAGGGGGACAUGAUGAACACAGACACAGGGAGGACGAGGAAAGCCUCCGCAACAAGAUUCGUGCCGACCACGAGCGGGCCCUGCAGGAGGCCAAGGAAAAGCUGCGAAAGUCACGUGAGGAGCUGCAGGCCGAGAUCCAGACGGAGAAGAGCAAGAUUGUGGAGGACCUAAAGAAAAAGGAUGCUGGACCAAAGCCCUUGCCACCUGUGCCCAUGCCUAAGGUUGUGGGUGUUGGGGACGGUGAACCUAUUGAGCCUGAUGUCAAAGACCAACGAAACAAGAUUCGAGAGAUGAUGAAGCAUGCAUGGGACAGCUACCGACAAUAUGGCUGGGGUCACAAUGAGCUCAAGCCCCUCGCCAAGAAAGGACAUUCUACAAAUAUCUUUGGAAAUUCUCAGCUUGGAGCAUCCAUUGUGGAUGCCUUGGAUACACUGUACAUUAUGGGCCUUCAUGAGGAGUUUAAAGAUGGGCAGGAGUGGAUUGAGCAGAAUCUAGAUUUCAGUGUGAACGCCGAGGUGUCUGUGUUUGAGGUCAACAUCCGUUUUAUUGGAGGCCUCCUAGCAGCAUACUACCUCUCGGGUCAAGAGAUGUUCAAGUUAAAGGCAGUGCAGCUUGCAGAAAAGCUGCUCCCGGCCUUCAACACACCCACAGGCAUCCCGUGGGCAAUGGUCAAUCUUAAGAGUGGUGUUGGUCGUAAUUGGGGUUGGGCAUCGGCAGGCAGCAGCAUCCUGGCGGAGUUCGGAACCCUGCACAUGGAGUUUGUUCACCUAACUUACCUGACAGGAAAUCCUGUCUACUAUCACAAGGUAAUGCACAUCAGAAAGCUCCUAGCCAAAAUGGAUCGACCGAACGGGCUUUAUCCAAACUACCUGAACCCUCGUACAGGUCGCUGGGGCCAACAUCACACUUCGGUUGGCGGGCUUGGGGACAGCUUUUAUGAGUACUUGUUGAAGGCAUGGCUAAUGUCAGACAGAACUGACAUGGAAGCUCGCAAGACAUACGAUGAUGCCAUUGAGGCCAUCGAGCGUCACCUGAUACGCAAGUCCAACGGUGGUCUGACUUUUAUUGGUGAAUGGAAAAACGGCCACCUAGAGAGAAAGAUGGGCCAUCUGGCGUGCUUUGCCGGCGGCAUGUUCGCACUGGGUGCAGAUGGCUCGCCCGAUGACAAAGCGGGACACUGGCUGCAGCUGGGCGCUGAGAUUGCGCACACCUGCCACGAGUCUUACGAUAGGACAGAACUGAAACACCCUUCACUGACAGCUACAACUUCUUCUGUGAGACCGUCGUCUGUCAAAAGAUUAGAGUUGACCAGGAAGUGCUGCAAAUGGACAAGCUUGUGGACAUAUGGCUUUAUUGGGACCAUGGAAAAAGUGCUUAGGAAAUGGAUUUCACUCCACUACGCUGGAUCUAUGCGUUCAAUGCAUUUUUUUUAAGCCAAUACCCUCCUAACUUGGUCACCAGUCAGAAAUGUAUCUUGAUGUGAAUACACAAAAAUACAGAUUAAUUGUUGUUGUUUUUGCUUGUUUUAAGUGGUAUAUUAAUUCUGGCAACACAAAUUUUUUAUCAAAUGUCAUAAACACAUCUACCAAACAUUUGAAACAAGUAUUGGUGCCUUAGUCUACACAUAAGUGAAUUCAGAAUGAGAAAUGUAGCUAAUUUCUUGAAGAAAACACUUCAACGUUAAUGAUUUGCACCCAGCACAAUGAAAUAUAUAUUGAAUUUAGCUUAUGUGUCAUAAAUUAAAAAUAUCACAACCUACUGUGCAAUGAAAUAUAUAAAAUAAAAAAAUGCACACCAUGAUCAUAAAUGGCUGAAAAUCAGCCAAAUUGCUACCACACCCUCCUAAAUCUGAAUCAUGGCAAAAUUGGAAUAAGACAAAAAAUAAAAAAUUACAAGAUGAUUAAAGAAUAAUGUGCCAAAAUCAUCAGGUGAUACUUAAAAAUGAAAAACAUUGCAAAAGAUGUGAUGGACAUAUAUGUGUUGAAGAUUAACUUCAAAGUUUUAUUUCAUGUUUCACAAGUGCUCAAAUGUGAGCACCGCCAGCAGCACGGACAAAAUCAAGCCACGAUGAGAAUUCCCCUCAAACGUAUGCAUGUCUCAGUCCAUUGUCUUGAUUGCAACUGUUGUUCGAUAUUUCACAUCCUCAGUACUUGCUGGACGUGUUGGUAUGUUAAAGACAAAGUUCAUUAUCCAUCUUUAUGGCACAUAACGUUUGUUAUACACUAAGUGUAUGUUCCACCACUUCUAGCAAAUAUUGAUGACAUGAAAGAUCAAAUAAAACAUGCAAUUAACGCAGUGGAACGUGAUUUUGGCACAGUCUUUUUGAAUCACACUGUAUAUACACAAAAGGUUUGAAUCAUUCACAAGUAUGGUACAAUUUUUUUUUUUUUAAACAUGGUAGUGUCUCAUGUUAUGAAAAUACACAUUAUUAAACAUACAGAUAUUACAAAACAGUAAAUAAAAAUAAAAAGAGAAAUAAAAAAUACUAAAACUAUACUUGACAAUAUUACUCCUCAAAAUCGCUUUCAUCAAAGUCAUCAUCCCACCCGAGUGUCUUCUGUUUCUUUGGAAACAUUCUCGCACGCUUGGCACCUACAUAAAUCAGUAGUUUUGCAGACAUACAAGAACAUCUUCCCGUGUCACAAUUGGUUACAGUUGACUACUUGCAAAACAGAAUCAGGGGCAGGAUUUUUGUCAUCCAUGUCACUGCCAACUGCCCAUCCUCAAUGUCCCACCCAUUCCCAAUGGGUGAAGGGGUAUACAUUUUACCUGUCAGACAAUGUUUCAUAAUUGCUGCUUGAUAGUUUGCUGUCCAGCAAUGUUGGUACAGAGCAUCAUUUGUUGGGGGAAUAGAAUGUUCUGGCAAGACUGACGCGGCCAUACAGAAAGAUCGGCAUCUGGCAUCAUUUUGGGCAGAUGACUGGCCAUACAGGUGGCACACGUAUUUACACAACGUGUUAAAUGUUUGUAGGUCAAGUUUAUAACUGCUGCCCAGCUUUGCAAGCCCAGUCAGGUAUUCUUUUUUUAUGAUAUGAUACAGAAAACCAUUUUUUUGCCUUUGCCAUGAAAGGCACAAGCAGAGUCACAACCUCUGAAUGUAUGGAUGCCAAUGAGUGCUGAACACACUCUAUUGCCAAGAGCUGCGGAGACAGAGACGUCAGUCCUCGUUCUGUUGCCUCCUCCUGUGAAAAAAAUGCAACCUGCACUGUAAAUCUUUCUGUAGACUUACAGCAAUCACUACCACAUCAGUAUCAGGGCUUUUUAUGACUACAGCUUGAUGUUCUUGUCACCCAUAACAGGUAUGCAAUAAAACGUUCUACUGGAUUCGCUUUCUAUAAACUAUAUAAAUUUUAAAACAAAGUGGUAUUGAUAUCUGGGCCAAAAAAUGGUAUCGGUACAACACUAGUUUAAAUAAGAAUUUUGUGAGCUUAAGUUAAUAACAAUUAACCUUGUAGUAAAUGCGUGCGUGUGGCUUACCUGUAGUCAAUGUCAUUAAAAAUCCCAGUCGACGCAUUUUCAGCUAGAUCCUUCGACAGAGCCUGGAGAGAAAGCCAUUGUCUGACACAACCACGCAGGCUCUGCAAGUUUUGGCCCAAUUCCUGCCUUUUUUCACCCUUGGACAGAUGAGAGAUGCAUAUAGCAUCGUUUCGAUGCCUUUUGACUAAAUUUCGAAUGCGGUUUUCUUAUCUUUUGUUCAUCUUCGCUCGUGUCGUAGCUUGACACGGUCCCCGCCAUGUUGUUUAUUUUAGAAACCCAUAGCAACAUUACGCGUCUCCUAUUGGUGCACGUGACCUAAAAUAGCUUCACACACUGAAGAUCCGACUCCGCCGUAUUAAUAUCACUGCGCCACGGGCAAAAAAAAAGAUCGACACGAAAACGCUAAUUACUAAAAACUGACUGGAAACCGUGAGUAGAACUUUUUUGGGGUACUAAUUAGCAACGUAUGUAUAUUAUAUAGCAGAGUUCAUAUAGAUCCAUUUGAGUGGAACGAACCAACACAAUUUCGCUCAGCCAAUACAGCCUACCUGACAAAGUCACAGUCUUGUGCUAAAUGGAAUAUGAAAUAUUAAAAAUGCAUUUAUUCAGUACGACAGGGCUACAUUACUGCAUAAUGGUCAAAACUGCCGACUUCUUAAACCUCCCGAACGGUAUUUUAUGCCACUGGAGUGAAAGAGCGUAAACAAAACAGGAGGCGUGAGGGCAAGGCGACAUGCUAACCAAAAAAAGUGGCUUUUCCAAGUCUUUUCCUUGCCUUUCAAAAACAAAAAAAAUCACACAAAACUACCCCAACUCAUGCCACACACGGCGGCGGGGUUGAUUGUCUUCACCGAUCGGCCAGCCCUCGGCGGCGAUCAAGUCUGAGCUUGUCUUUCUGCUGCGGCCUCGGCAGGCAGACAGUGCUCGUCAUUGGGGACACAGAGGAGAAUGAACACUGAAAAUGGCGCAUUCUCGGUGGACAAUCCGGCCGAUGUCGGAGCGCGUGGCUGCCCUAGCCCAAGCCGAGUAUAGCUCUCUUUAGGCGGGCACGUGAAGAGGGCCGAGGGCGGUCAAAGUCUCGACACAAUCGAGAACCGAAGACGAGAGCGGGGGGCUCCCCGGGCCCAAGCCGAGGAUAGCGCUCUAUAGGCGGGGACGUCUUUAUUGGCCGGCGACAUUGGUCUGCGACAAGCCCUCGGUCGUCUGCAGAGUGGCCUUCUCAGUGCACAGGGAGCGUUGUCACCCACAAAAUGCACCUCCUUAUUAAAACAUUUGCCAUGAUCCCAGUAUUUGACAUAACAAAAAACAGGUAGUUUAAUCACUUAGUCAUCCGUCCAUUGGUCUCUUGAUUGUCAGAUUUGUUUUGCCCAUAAUUCGCGGUGAACAGGAUCUUUUGGAAAUCUAAAAAGCCUCACACCACUCUCUCUGGUAUAGCAACAAAAGCCUGCAGCACAUUGGUGUGGCAUGACGCAAAAAAUAAACAAAUUAAUCCACAAAAUCAAAUAAAUCCGCAAUCCUUCUGCAUAUGUUAGUAAUGGCUAUAUUGUGAAAAUGAUUAGUCUGCUGACAUUCGCCUUCUUCCUCAAUCCAGACCGUGGCUGAAACGGUGUCUCUCAUAUCCCUAGCUCGGGAUUCAAAAAACGGAAUAAAUAUAUCCAUCGCUUCCACACACAUCCAAGCU